UUAAUUAAUUUAUUUUUAUUAUUAUUAUUUUAUUAUUAUUUAGUUAAACUCAGGAAUGUGUAAAGUCCCGGUCCACACUCCAUAUCAGUAGGUGGCGGUAAUACACCAAAAAGUUGUUUGUCAACCGCCAUAAAACAACACAAAGAAGAAGAAGAAGAAGAAGAAGAAGAAGAAGAAACCCAGAAUAACUAAACAGUGAGAGGGACAGAAGGAGGGAGUCCACCUCUCAAACUAACUACUGGAGCGGUAACUAGCUAGCUUCAAUCUGCUAUGUAGUCUGGCUAACCGGUUCCUGACACAGAAAAGAAGCCGAAUACUUCAAUGUUUUUGACAUAAUGGCUUCCACUAACCGGGGUACUUUGAAGUCUCGACUUUGUUAAACAUUUGUUCCCACGCUGGGCAGCUACAACAGCUGGCUAACAAGCUAACAAGCGGUUAGCAUUAGCAUUAGCAACCAACCAGCCUGAACAGCUGUGAUCCCGGAAGGCCGCCGCCGCCGCCGCCGCUGCCGCACCGGGAGGAUUUAACUUUCUCUCUCCGCGGCUGGAAUGAACCAACACAAAGUCGCUAGCCAAUGAUAAGAAGCUAUUUAACACAUAUCGGUAAGAAUGGAGUCCUCUUUUGGGAUAUGCGACGAGGAGUGCUUGGCAACUGUGAGAGUUCAGGAGCUGAGGGCUGGCCAGAAGGAGCCCAGACUACUGACACUAAUUGAGCGCAGUGGAGAGUUUAUAUUGGGUGUUUUGGCCACCCCUGAUGCUGUUGUGUCUCGCCCAGUGGCUCAGCUGUCUAUACCCAUCAAUGGUCAUUUUGAAAUUGUUCGAGAGGCGGAAGAGGCUCUUCUGAUUAACUUUUCAGCAAAUUCUUGCAUUAGGUUACGAAUCAAAGGAGAAAAAGCACCAGAGUUGCUGUUGGAACUCCAGGAUGACGAGCGGACUCAGACUUUUUUCACCCAGGUGAAGAGUGCUCAGCAGACAGUUGAAUCCAAGCUCGCAAAAACUACAACGAUGGAGCCCGUUGCGCCAACAGCCCUGAGAGGUCCAGUCCCCAUCCCACCGCAGAGAACAAACAAGACUAACUCUGUGGGCUCUGCUGUCAGCACACCCAAAACUACUGCACUGCCUCCCAACCUCAACAACAGCAGGUCAACAAAUCAGACUAACACAGAUCCAGUUCAAUCACUUGCCUCAGACUUUGGCUUUGAGGACAACUUCAACCACGCUCUCAAAGUGGAGGAGAAGAAGAACAACCAGAAUCGCAUAGUCGCCGCUAGAGAGCCUCCUCCUGUCCCCCCUCUGCCUCCUCGCAAAGCCUCCUACACACCAUCCAAUCCUCUGCCUCCUCCACCAAUCCCUAAAGACAGAGUGGUCUCCCUACAAUCCAAAGACAACUCCAGACCAGAUAGUUUUAGGUCAGGGUUUGACCGCGUGGACAGACCAACGUCUUGGUGCGAAAGCCCGACAACCAACAGCAUGAGACAGGCCAUGUUCUCCAGCCAGGCAGGACAAAGAGAAUACCUCAUUAAACACCGCCUGGGGAAGAAGGAGAAUGAGUAUGUGGACAUCCAGACCUUCAGGUUUUUCACAGGUACAUGGAAUGUGAACGGCCAGUCUCCAGACAGCAGCCUGGAGCCGUGGCUCUGCUGUGACACAGAACCUCCUGAUAUUUAUGCUCUGGGUUUUCAAGAACUUGACCUGAGCACUGAAGCUUUCUUCUACAUGGACUCGUCCAAGGAGCAGGUGUGGGUGGAAGCUAUGGAGAAGAGCUUGCACCCAAAGGCCAAGUACAAAAGGGUUCGGAUCAUACGACUAGUUGGAAUGAUGCUUGUGGUCUUUGUCAAAAAGAUUCACAAGAAUCACAUAAAAGAAAUUGCGGCAGAACACGUCGGGACGGGAAUCAUGGGAAAAAUGGGGAACAAAGGAGGCGUGGCUGUGAGAUUUGUUUUCCACAACACGAGCUUCUGCAUUGUGAACUCCCAUCUCGCGGCCCACGUGGAAGACUUUGAGCGCCGCAACCAGGACUAUAAAGACAUCUGUGCCCGCAUGACCUUCCACUUACUGGACCACCCCCCUCUCACUAUCGUUAAGCAUGAUGUAGUAAUCUGGCUCGGGGAUCUAAACUAUCGUCUGUUCAUGUACGAUGCUGCUGAGGUCAAACAGCACAUUUCUCAGAAUGAGCUAAAAAAGCUUCAGGAGCUUGAUCAGCUGAACAUUCAGAGGCAGACAAAGAGAGCCUUCACAGACUUCAUGGAGGGAGAGAUCAACUUCAUUCCCACAUACAAGUACGACCCCAAGACGGAUCGAUGGGACUCAAGUGGGAAGUGCCGUGUUCCAGCUUGGUGUGACAGGAUCCUGUGGAGGGGCAACAAUGUCAAACAGUUGAAAUACCGGAGUCACAUGGAGCUGCAAACUAGUGACCACAAGCCUGUGAGCGCUCUCUUCAGCGUAGGGGUUAAGGUGGUCAAUGAGCAGCGCCACAAAAAGGUGUUUGAGGAGAUUGUUCGGGCAAUGGACAGAAUGGAGAAUGAUUUCCUUCCAUCUGUAACUCUGAGCCAGAGAGAGUUUGCUUUUGGGAAUGUGAAAUUUCGCCAGCUUCAGAAGGAGCGCUUCUUGAUAACAAAUGAUGGGCAGGUUCCCUGUCACUUUGCCUUCAUUCCCAAACUCAAUGACUCGCAGUAUUGUAAGCCUUGGCUCCGUGCCGAGCCAAGUGAUGGAUUCUUAGAGCCAAACGAGACCCUGGAGAUCUAUCUGGAGGUGUAUGUCAGUAAAGACUCCGUCACGCUGCUGAACUCUGGAGAGGACGCCAUAGAGGAUAUUCUAGUGCUUCAUCUGGAUCGGGGCAAAGACUACUUCAUUACCAUCUCUGGCAACUACCUGCCCAGCUGCUUUGGCACCUCACUGGAGACUCUGUGCCGCAUGAAGAAGCCCAUCAGAGAGAUCCCCAUCACCAAACUAAUUGACCUGGGAGAGGACAGCUACAUGGAAAAGGAAAAGUCAAAGGUGAGCUUCCUGAUGGUGGACGGUGCAAGUACUGAGGACAAACCUCUCAAGAUCCCCAAAGAAGUGUGGAUCCUUGUCAACCACCUCUUCACCAAGUCCUGUGAUCAGGAGGAUUUGUUCCAGACACCAGGUCUGCAGGAGGAGCUGCAAAGCAUCAUCGACUGUCUGGACACCAGCAUCCCAGACUCCAUCUCUGGCUGUAACCACUCUGUAGCCGAGGCUCUGCUGAUCUUCCUGGAGGCCUUGCCGGAGCCUGUGGUGUGUUAUGAGCUCUACCUUCGGUGCCUAGACUGCUCUCAUGACAGCCGCCUCUGCAAACAGUUGAUCUCCCAGUUGCCCCGGGCUCACCGCAACGUGUUUCGCUACUUGAUGGCCUUUUUGAAGGAACUUCUCAAGCACUCACACAACAACAACCUAACAGCCAGCCUCAUAGCUACACUCUUUGCCAGCCUCCUUAUCCGACCGCCUCCCAACCUGAUGAGCAGGCAGACGCCACACGAACGGCAGAAAGCCAUCGACUUCAUCCUGGGUUUCCUCAUGGCAGGAGACGAGGAGUAACCAAGGUCAACAGUCGGGUUUGGAGAUGACUCCCAGCCUGGACCUGUAGGACACUGUGUUACACCAUCCAUGUGGUAUUUUGUCGUCUGUUGGAGACCAGUGCAGCUGUUUUGCACCAUAACUUUUCACAAACUCUCUUGUUAGAGGAGCUCAAGACUUCUGUUAGAACUGUGAUGAUUUUACCAAGUGUCAUAUCUUCAGUUGGUUCACAGUAUGACCGCUCGCUGGAUUUGGAAGCACUUGGGAGACGUUUGAACUGAUGCACUUUCGGAUGAACCUAAAGGCCCCGUGGCUCCAAGUUGUCCUCAGAGGACACUUAUUAUUGUAGGUGCUCAUGCCAAAAUAACCCCUGAUCAGCGAGUGGAAUGAAUGUGAAAACACUAUGUAUCCGUAGAUGCUAAGCAAAAGACUCAAUUACACUAAAGAAAAGACAAUUCCUGAAGUUUUAAGAAGUAGACUGAAUACAAGUAUAAUGUGUUAAAUAGUUUGAAAUGGGGAAAAUGUAUCACCAAGAAUGUUUCAGCUUACGAUAAAUCAUGACAAUCAUCCAUUUUAACUGAGGGGACAAUAUUAUAGAUAUCUUAUUUGUUACCAUACUCAUUGUAUUUUAUCUGUUAUUUAUAUCUUUUGUUUUCUAAGUUUGUGAACACUUUCUGGUUCCUACUACAAUGUGUUUUUGUUUUUCCCCCCCAAGUCCUGCAUUAGUUUUAAAUAUUCAUCACUUGUUUUUAUCAUCCUGUUUAUAGAAAACUGUGUGUUGUGAAUGUUUUUGCGUGACUCCAGCCGUGAGCCUUACAUCUUGUUUUGCUAGUUCCUCUUGAGUUACGAAACAAGUCACACUAACUUCCUGGUCAACCGGAAUGGAGUGAAGGGUCACCCCUCUGUGGUUCUUGACGUCUUAAAUUGUGUAAAUAAUAGUGAUUGUUUCCCUGUUUAAUGGGUAUUUGAGUGUCGGUAUGGUGAUGCAAAUCUGUGAUGGUGUGUAAUGGUUCGUCAUGUUUGUCAUGCAGGUGGUACUGUUAAUGUCUGUGUUUGUUUACAUGUCUUUUUCCUCACUUAUGGAACAUCUUAAAGCUCAAUUCUUAGUUUUUUUUUAAGCCUUUGCGAUGCCAGGAAACAGCCGUUGUGUUCAUCCAGAUGAGUAAUUCUCUUGUUGUUUAAGUGAUGCAGCACUUUCUGGGUGCAAGAUUUAAUGGCUCAUUACUUUGCAGGACACAGCCGGUCUUUGUGCACCGUUCUCGUUUGUGCCACUGAGGACAUUUCUUCUUUGCAGCCACUGUUGCAAAACAUGUCAUGGUUAUUGAAAUAAGGAACUUGUAUGCUGUGUGUAACGAACAGCUAUUUCCUCUUUUACAGUUAUACCACCAGAGAUGUCAACACUAGUAUACCCAGUCGACAAAAAUAUUCACAUUUCUAACAUUAAUUUGCUCCAUAUAGCUAGUAAUGUAGUGGUACCAGAGAUGUUUUUUCUCUGGGAACCUUAAUGAUUUGAUGUUGGGAGAUAAUGUGACAACACUGACAAUCGUGGCACUUAUAGAAAAGUCUGUCUGUCUGAAGUUGCUUUACUAUUGUGUAGGUUUUUUUUUCUGCCUUUAUUGCCAUCAACACACCAGUUUCCUCUAAUGGUCGUAAUAAAGCCCGAGCUCGGGCCUGAAUGAUGUGAUUAUGAUUCAGAUUUGGGAGAGACGUUUUACAGCAGCCUUUUAUUUAUUCACUUUGUCUUUGGAAAAUGCUAUCCUUGAAACACGGAAUCAAUAUAAUCCAUAACCUCUGAUUUUAAGUGUUGUCUUAUGCCACUGUACCAACUGAUGUAAUUGUGUGCUUCCAUCAUGCUUUCACAAUCUGUUCAUAAAAUUAAGGUACGUUAAAAGGUACAUGAGGAACACUCGCACCUGUUUUCAACUUUUCUGAUUUUGGUGCUUUUAAUUUAUUUAACAGAAAUAAAACUAUGUAUAAAGCUGUU